CAGCUGGCACUGCCAGCGGCUGCAUCAUGCACUGUGACCUCGGGUCAAGAGGACCAGGAUGACUGGACUCCAGACUGCGUGUCAACGCCGAAGGCAUCCGAGCACAACUCAGCCACAGGCAUGUCCGCCAAACGGAAAUCGCCGCCUUCCAAGCUGUCCGACGUCGACGGCGGCCAGGAGGUGAACAGUGAGGUCACCAGUGACGGGCGCGAGUCGCCCGCGGCGCUGACCCUGACCCCGCGGCCAGAGGUCAGCCGAGCGGGCGCCGCCGACCCGGACCAGCACGCGCAGAAGCGCAACAUGGAGAACGUGCUGCGCAAGCUGUCGUCCCGCAUCCUGGACGAAGCGAGUGCACCUGUCACGUCGGACGGUGGCCUAUCAGACCUGGCCCGGUCGCACCCGGAACUUUUGCCCAUGCUGCUCGACAAACAACAGAUGGACCCGCAGAAGAUCCAGGAGAUGAUCGAGCAGCUGCGGAUUGUGCAGCACAGCAUCCAACUGCGACAGCAGCAGGAGCAGUUUAGGCAGCAGCAGGAACAGUUGAAGUACCUGCAGCAGCGGCAGCAGGAGAGCCUGGACCGCGGCGCGGCGCUGCGCAGCGCGCCCGACAUGCUGCACGUGCCGCACCCCUUCAUGCUGUACCCGUUCCUGAGCCCGCAGCUGCGCGCGCUGGCGCCCACCGCGCCGCCCUCGCUGCCGUCGCCGGCGCCCGGUACCUCCCUGGCGUCCGGCACGCAGCAUCCGGUGUACUCUUGGGCAUCCGCCGCGCAGGCGCACUUGGGCCAGCUGGCGAGCAGUCACGUGACGCUGGCCUCGGCGCCGGUGACGCCAUCCGACGACGGCCCGCUGAACCUGACCAAGGCCAAGGAGCCGGCGGCGGCGAGCGGCAGCCGGUCGGCGGCCGAGCCCCCGUUCGCGGCCUUCUCGCCGCAGUCACUGCUGCCGUCGCCCUUCAUGCCGUAUGGCCUGCCGCCGAGCAUGGGCCCUCUGGGCUCGGCAGCUGAGCAGUUCAAGAUGGAGCUGCCGACGUCGGUAGCGGGACCCACUCACCCGCUCGGUCUGGGCCCGGCCGGCCGCGACGGCCUGCCGCUACACAUGCUCUACCCGCACGGCCGGCUCGGCAACGGCCUGGCCGGCAUGUCCAUGGUGUCGCCGUCCGCCAGAGGAAUGGAGGAGGCCGGCAAGACCGACUCUGAGCUCACCACCUCGGCCUGCACAACCAAGCUGUUCGGAGCCAAAAUCAUCCGACAGCAGAGGAAGGACAGCAGUGGCAAGCCGCACGUGAAGCGGCCCAUGAACGCCUUCAUGGUCUGGGCCAAGGACGAGAGGAGGAAAAUACUCAAGGCGUGCCCCGACAUGCACAAUUCAAAUAUUAGUAAAAUUCUCGGGGCCCGAUGGAAGGCGAUGACAAACGAGCAGAAACAGCCGUUCUACGAGGAGCAGUCGCGGCUGAGCAAGCAGCACAUGGAGGAGCACCCCGAGUACCGGUACCGACCGCGGCCCAAACGCACCUGCAUUGUCGACGGCAAGAAGCUCCGCAUCUCCGAGUACAAGGCGCUGAUGCGGCGGCGUCGGCAGGAGAUGCGGAGCCUCUGGUGUCGCGACGGUCUGGCCGACCUGCCGGGCCUGCUCAGCCCGGCGCUGGCCGAGCCGGCCGCCGCCACCGCCCGCUCGCCGCAGCCCAGCCCGGCCACGUCACGUGACUCAGCCUCACCGUACUCGCCGCCAGCGCCAAACGACGAGAUCUGCUGA